GGCAAAUCCGUUUAACCUAGGUAUCAAGAUUCGACCCUCAUAUUGCGUAAGUGAGGAUGGCGACGUGUAAAAAGGUGACAACGGCGGCGACGAGAUAGACUGCAUAGUAGCUACACGUCAUCGCCAUGGCUCGCAUUCCUUGGCUUUUUUCCCUUUGCAUUUGUGCCAUUUCUCUAGCUUGGGGUCAUUCUGAAUAUUCAUUCCCAGAAGCAUGCCAGGCUUCGACGCCAGGAAACCCCCUUCAGGGUUGUCCAAAAGGCACAGUGCUCGUCUCCGCCACCCAUAAGAAGGCUCGCUUCCGCACCAUCCAAAGUGCCAUCGAGUCCCUCCCGCACGAUGACACGAGUCAAACAAUCCUCAUCCUCUCGGGGACCUACACCGAGCAACUGAACGUCACCCGGUCUGGUCCCUUGACACUACUCGGCGAGACCAACACGCCGCACAAUGCCUCAGCCAACUCGGUCCAAGUGCACUGGGCUGCAGCCACCUCGCAGGGAAUUUACACGGACAACGUCUACACCAGCGUUCUUAUCGUGGCGCCCACCCUCAACGCAAGCCUCACAGGGUACGGGCCUGCCGGCCUCCCAGUGCCCGACGGGACGCCCUUUGGAUGUCGCGACUUCCGGACGUACAAUAUCGACUUCCGGAACGUCUAUGCCGAACAAUCGGCCGGGCCUGCCCAUGCAUUGAGCUUCUCCCGCGCAAACGGCGGGUUCUAUUACUCCGGGUUCUACAGCUACCAGGACACGGUGUAUGUGGGUAAGCUGGGGAAUACGUACUUCCACUCGAGCAUCGUGGCGGGGCAGACCGAUUUUCUUUACGGAUUCGGCACGGCGUGGUUUGAACGAUGCGAGCUGGUUCUCCGUGGGUGUGGGGGUGGAAUCACGGCGUGGAAAGGGACGAACACGACGUAUGCCAAUAAAUUCGGGGCGUAUGUGCAUGGAUCCGCCAUCAGGGCAGCGAAUGCCACUAUAGCGGUGGAGAUGGAGGGACAGUGCGCCCUCGGCCGACCGUGGAAUAGUGGACAUCGGAGUAUCUUUGCGCGGUCUUACGAAGAUGGGAUGAUUCGGGAUAGUGGAUACGUGCUUUGGCAGGCGCCCAUCACGGAGCAGACGCUCAUGGGAGAGUAUGAGAAUUUUGGGCCUGGAUGGGAUGUUUCGGCGCGGCGGGAGUACAACUACAGUAUUCUGUUGGGCGAAGAAACGUGGAAUAGGUAUAACUCCCCCGCGAAGGUGUUUCUCACCGAGGAGGGUACGCCGGGAAAUGUUGAGUGGAUUGAUAAACGGAUGCGGUGGUGGUAGAGCACCAGUAUAUAUAAUUAUAUAUAGCAGCCAUGGUAUUGUAUGUGUUGUCGAAUAGGGCACUGUGGUGGAUAGCAGUUGAAACGACAAGAUUCUAUGCCUUUGCCCUCCACGAUAGCACACGACUGUAGCAUUGUUUAGCAUGAUGGCUACUUUAUACAUUGAUCCAUGCCGUUGGA